UGGGGAGGGGCCCCGAGGAAGGGCGGCCCAUGCUGUCGGGAAGGGCAAGACUGGAGCGGUGGACACAGUGGUCGGGCAGGGGGACCCAUGUGAUAAGGUUCAGAGGGUGUGAGAACAAGAUGGCGGCCUGGGAAGGCUAGGCGAGGGUAGUGCAUCUAUUCUGCACCUGGCUCAGCCGACAUUUAUUGCGCGCUUCCCCUCUUCCAGGACCCGGGGCUCCCUCCCCUCUCCCCUGACCCGGGGCACUCUUAGCGUUCUCCUGUCUGUUCCCCUCCUCGCCCUGUCUUCCCUCCGCAGCUGGCGAGCCCAUGGCCCGGACCCGGAGCGCCCGAGCGCCGUCGCUCGUGGCGCUGCUGCCGCCGCUGGUGGCGCUGGCGCAGGCGGGAGUGGCGUGCGCCGCGGGCUCAGUGCGCGUGGCGGGCGGCCUCACGCUGGGCGGCCUGUUCCCGGUGCACGCACGGGGCGCGGCGGGCAGGGCGUGCGGGCCGCUGAAGAAGGAGCAGGGCGUGCACCGACUGGAGGCCAUGCUGUACGCGCUGGACCGCGUGAACGCCGACCCCGAGCUGCUGCCCGGCGUGCGCCUGGGCGCGCGGCUGCUCGACACUUGCUCCAGGGACACGUACGCGCUGGAGCAGGCGCUGAGCUUCGUGCAGGCGCUGAUCCGUGGCCGCGGCGACGGCGACGAGGCGGCGGUGCGCUGCCCGGGGGGUGUCCCCCCGCUGCGCGCCGCGCCCCCCGAGCGCGUAGUGGCCGUGGUGGGCGCCUCGGCCAGUUCUGUCUCCAUCAUGGUCGCCAACGUGCUGCGCCUGUUUGCGAUACCCCAGAUCAGCUAUGCCUCCACGGCCCCUGAGCUCAGUGACUCUACACGCUUCGACUUCUUCUCCCGCGUGGUGCCGCCUGACUCCUACCAGGCCCAGGCCAUGGUGGACAUCGUGAGGGCACUGGGAUGGAACUACGUGUCCACACUGGCCUCCGAGGGCAACUAUGGCGAGAGCGGGGUUGAGGCCUUUGUGCAGAUCUCCCGCGAGGCUGGGGGGGUCUGUAUUGCCCAGUCCAUCAAGAUCCCCAGGGAACCAAAGCCAGGAGAAUUCAAGAAGGUGAUCAGGAGACUCAUGGAGACACCCAACGCCCGGGGCAUCAUCAUCUUUGCCAAUGAGGAUGACAUCAGGAGGGUCCUGGAGGCUGCACACCAGGCCAACCUGACUGGCCACUUCCUGUGGGUCGGCUCGGACAGCUGGGGAUCCAAGAUCUCACCCAUCCUGAACCUGGAGGACGUGGCCGUGGGGGCCAUCACCAUCCUGCCCAAAAGGGCCUCCAUCGAUGGAUUUGACCAGUACUUCAUGACCCGCUCCCUGGAGAACAACCGCCGAAACAUCUGGUUUGCCGAGUUCUGGGAAGAGAAUUUUAACUGCAAACUGACCAGCUCAGGUACCCAGUCAGAUGAUUCCACCCGCAAAUGCACAGGCAAGGAACGCAUUGGCCGGGACUCCGCCUACGAGCAGGAGGGGAAGGUGCAGUUUGUGAUUGAUGCUGUGUACGCCAUCGCCCACGCCCUCCACAGCAUGCACCAGGCCCUCUGCCCCGGGCACACAGGCCUGUGCCCGGCGAUGGAGCCCACUGAUGGGCGGAUGCUGCUGCAGUAUAUUCGGGCGGUCCGCUUCAAUGGCAGCGCAGGAACGCCUGUGAUGUUCAACGAGAACGGGGAUGCACCCGGGCGGUACGACAUCUUCCAGUACCAGGCGGCCAAUGGCAGUGCGGGCAGUGGCAUCUACCAGGCUGUGGGCCAGUGGGCAGAGGACCUCAGGCUGGACGUGGAAGCCCUACAGUGGUCGGGAGAUCCCCGCGAGGUGCCCCAGUCUCAGUGCAGCCUCCCCUGUGGGCCAGGUGAGCGGAAAAAGAUGGUGAAGGGCGUCCCCUGCUGUUGGCACUGUGAGGCCUGUGAUGGGUACCGCUUCCAGGUGGACGAGUUCACGUGCGAGGCCUGCCCCAGGGACAUGAGGCCCACGCGCAACCACACGGGCUGCCGCCCCACGCCCGUGGUCACUCUGACCUGGUCCUCGCCCUGGGCGGCCCCGCCCCUCCUCUUGGCUGUGCUGGGCAUCCUGGCCACCACCACGGUGGUGGCCACCUUUGUGCGGCACAACAACACGCCUAUCGUCCGGGCGUCUGGCCGCGAGCUCAGCUACGUCCUCCUCACCGGCAUCUUCCUCAUCUACGCCAUCACCUUCCUCAUGGUGGCCGAGCCCGGGGCCGCUGUCUGCGCUGCCCGGAGGCUCUUCCUCGGCCUGGGCACCACCCUCAGCUACUCUGCCUUGCUCACCAAGACCAACCGCAUCCACCGCAUCUUCGAGCAAGGGAAGCGCUCGGUCACGCCCCCUCCCUUCAUCAGCCCCACGUCUCAGCUGGUCAUCACCUUCAGCCUCACCUUCGUGCAGGUGGUGGGAGCGAUGGCAUGGUUGGGGGCCCGGCCCCCACACAGCGUGAUCGACUAUGAAGAGCAGCGGACCGUGGACCCGGAGCAGGCCAGAGGGGUGCUCAAGUGCGACAUGUCAGAUCUGUCUCUCAUUGGCUGCCUGGGCUACAGCUUCCUGCUCAUGGUCACGUGCACGGUAUACGCCAUCAAGGCCCGAGGUGUGCCCGAGACCUUCAACGAGGCCAAGCCCAUUGGCUUCACCAUGUACACCACCUGCAUCGUCUGGCUGGCCUUUGUGCCUAUCUUCUUUGGCACCGCCCAGUCAGCUGAAAAGAUCUACAUCCAAACCACCACACUGACUGUGUCCUUGAGCCUGAGUGCAUCGGUGUCCCUGGGCAUGCUCUAUGUACCCAAAACCUACGUCAUCCUGUUCCACCCGGAGCAGAAUGUGCAGAAGCGGAAGCGGAGCCUCAAGACGACUUCCACCGUGGCAGCCCCACCCAAGGGCGAGGACACAGAGGCCCCCAAAUAGCAAGUCGGGGGAUGAAAUGGCAUAGUUGUUCCCUCUCCUCUCUUCAUUUCUUUCCCUCACUUCAUGGUGGAAGCUGGAAAGAGUCCAGGUCUUCAGUGAGCAAUCAGAGGACAGGGAGUCCACGAAGGCCACACAAUCAGGAUGGGGCUGGCCUUCAGAAAGACCUGGACCCACGCGCCACCUUUUAUCCCUGCUCUUCUAUGCAUGUCGGCCUCAUACUUCCUCACUGCAGACCAGACUUUCUACUCAUGGUGGGAAGCAGCCACCAAAAGAAUCCUACUCCAGAGAGAGACUAAACUUACACUCCCUGGUCUCAAGUUCAGAGAUCACAAUGAAGCCCUGGGCUUGGCCCAGUGUGGGUGAGAUUUCCACCCCUUGAUCAACCACCAGAGCCUCGGGGUUGGGCAGGGUGUGAGAAUGUGCAGACGUCAGAGUGAAACACAGGGUUGGAGGCAGGGAGGAGCAGUUUCCAUGAAAGGAGAUCUGAGGAACUCGGGCUCUGGUCAGUAUUCUGCCAGCACAGAGGGGCUGGAGCCUUGGCUGAGAGCCCUGUGAGAGAAGAUGGCCUGCACAGGACAGGGAGCGAGCAGAGGAACUGGGAUGUGCCUAUGAGGUUACUUUGUCAAGGUCUUUUCUUUGGGAUCUUCUCCCCUGGGCUCUGGGAGAUGCCACACUUAGAGUACAGCGUUUUCCUUUCCCAUGUCUGCUCCCUUAAAUGACUCUGAACCUUAAGAAAAUCAGAUACACUAGUGUGGUGUUAGUGGCGUGAGAAUAAAGCAACAGGGUGGCAUUUGCCCUCCUCUGAUGCCGGGGAGGGAGUAUGUUCAGGAGUUCUAGGUUGGGACCAGUGACAGAGAGAGUUGCGUCCAUGGUGAGGAUUGAUUGAAGUGGGUAACUCAGGAUGGAUGUAAACACUCUUCUCUCCCCAUGUUUACUGGGAGGUCUUUGAAAGGCGAGCAUGAAGCAGCGGGAGGAAGAUGCCUGGACUUCAGAUUCAUGGACGUUCAUUUUUCAGUAAUCUUUUUUUUUACAAAAAGCUUGGUUUAAGUUAUGGAAUUUUAUUUCCCUGGGGUAAAUUUUAAAUUUGUUAAAUUGACUCUUUACUUAUCGGUGUGAAUUCUCUAGUAUCUAAUGUCUGGAACUGAUUUUGAAGAUCAGCCACACUUCGUACAACAGAGAGACCCUCCCCAUACAGGCUCUCUGGUGCAUAAUAAAUUUUGACCUGGGGACUGGGUGUCUCCACAUGCUUCAAUUAAUAGGGCUUCUCCUCAGAAUCCCCUUGUUGGUGGACAGAUUCUCCUUGCUCGCAUUGGCUGCAUUUCUGGGGUUUCUCUGCAUUGUGACUGAUGAAGUUUCAUUUAUUGCUGAAUGCUUUCCAAAAUUCGUCCUUUCACAGGGCUUCUCUCCUGUGUGGGUUUUCUGAUGUAUAACGAGGUGUGUUUUCUUGCUGAAGGCUUUUCCGUAUUAGUGUUUUUAUAGGGUUUUUCUCCUAUAUUAACUCUUAGAGAGUCUGUGAGCUCUGAUCUCUCAAUGAAGGUUUUCCUAUAUUUAUUGUUUUCUUGCUGUUUCUUCCAGUAUGAAUUCUCUGAUGUGCAAUGAGUCUUGACUUUUAGUUAAAAACUUUUCCACAUUUUUUACAUUUUUGCGGUUUUCUCCACUCCGAACCGUAUGACUUGGAGUUCGGAUGAUUUCUUGGUAAGAGCUUUUCCACAUUUGGAGGAUUUCCCCAGUGUGAAGUUUCUGACGUAGAGUCCUGGCUUCCUGCUGAAGACUUGCCCACAUUCCCACACUCAUUCCUGCCUUUCUGCCAGAUGUGAGUUCUUUGAUGCACAGCAAGUUCUGUCUUCUUCUUACGGGCCAUCUCCCAUCAGUCCACCUGCAGAUGGUCUCCACAGCACGCACCAUUUUGUGUGCAGUGGGGCGUCCUCUAUUCCUAAAGGUAUAUCAUGUUCAGUACAUGUGUGAGGUUUCUCUCCUUUCUGAAUUCUCCAGUGUGUUCAGAGGUUGACUCCU